AAUCAGCAAGUCAUCCUUUGUUCUAAACAUACCCCACACAUCCUUUGACUCCCUAUCACCGCACAAUACAUCUCGACCGGAGUGACAAAUUGCGUCUGGACGACAAAGUACUUGAACUGCGGGAAAGAUCCUCGAUUCAUUGAGAGCACAAUCCACCAAUUUUCAUCACCACAAGAACUCGAAAACAACAUGUUCUUCUCUACCUUUGCCACGCUUGCUCUCGCAACAGUCGCAUCCUGCAUGCCAACCGCCGAGUUGGAGGAGCGCGCUCCAGUGGGCUACUCAUACAAGGACGCUGUCCUUUACCACCACAAUCUCCACCGCGCCAACCACUCCUCUCCGGCCUUGGUCUGGGACACCAACCUUGAGACAAUCGCGAGGGACACCGCAAAGACUUGCCAGUACAAGCACAACACUACCGCAGGCGGUGGUGGCUAUGGCCAGAACAUCGCUGCUGGGAUUCCAUACACAAACAUCGGCUAUGUGAUCAGCGACCUCUUCUACAACAGCGAAGUCAACAACUACAACCAAUACGGACAGCAGAAGACGGACUUCUCCAACUUCGGCAGCUGGGGUCACUUCUCUCAGAUCGUCUGGAAGAGCACAGGCAGAAUCGGCUGUGCCACUAUCGGCUGCCCCAACGGAUUGGCGAACGUGGGCAGCAAUGUUCCCCCGUGGUUCACCGUCUGCAACUACGCCGGCCCGGGAAACUAUGCGAAUGACGGCCAGUUCGCUGUCAACGUCCUGAAGCCGAAGGGCAAUCCUACCAUCCACGCAAACGCGGGACAGUAGAAGGACGCUUUUACGCCGACACGGUCGCUUCCAUUCUUGUACAUACCAAAUUGAAAUGUCAUUACGUUUUUAUGAUCA